CUCUGGAAAUCCAACCGGAAGACCCAUGCCUUCUUUCCUGUGCAAGAUCAGCGAGCGGCUAACAGGGGAGCUAACUCGAUCCCGCAUCGAUCGGAACCAACCUGCGUAAGAAUGUCCCGAUCCGGGCGUUAUGGAGGAGAAUCAAAGGUGUACGUGGGGAACCUGGGGACAGGGGCAGGAAAAGCUGAGCUGGAGCGAGCCUUCGGGUACUACGGGCCCCUCAGAACAGUCUGGAUCGCCAGGAACCCUCCAGGCUUCGCCUUCGUCGAGUUUGAGGACUCCAGGGACGCUGAGGAUGCCGUGCGAGGACUGGAUGGAAAGGUGAUCUGCGGGAGCCGGGUGCGGGUGGAACCGUCCAAUGGGAUGCCCCGGCGCUCCCGGUACGAGAGGCCGCCGCCACGCAGGCCGUUUGAUCCCGACGACAAGUGUUACGAGUGUGGACAGAAGGGCCACUACGCCUAUGACUGCCAUCGCUACGGCCGCCGCGGCCACAGGAGCAGGUCCCGGUCCCGAUCCCGUGGGAGGCGGUACUCUCGCAGCAGGAGUCGCAGCCAAAGCAGAGGAAGGAGAUCCAGGUCCUCCCCUCGCCGAUCCAGGUCUAGCACACCCAGAAGAUCCAGGUCUGGGUCACCCAGAAGAUCUAGGUCUGGGUCGCCUAGAAGAUCCAGGUCUGGGUCACCUAGGAGAUCCAGGUCUGGGUCACCUAGAAGGUUCCGUUCUGGCUCCCCUGGGAGGUCCCGGUCUCGGUCUGUGUCUAAGCGCCACAGCAGGUCAGGAUCGAUGGGUCGUUCUCGUUCCGGAUCUCGCGCCAGAAGUCGCUCGGCUUCCAGGACCCCUGCUGACAACUGACUUCCUCUUUGUUCUCUGAUGUUUUGUAUGAACUCACUUUGUUGUGUAGCAGCUCUGUGAUUAUUGGUUAUUAAUUAGUGAUUAUUGAUUAUUGGUUUCUGAUCCGCCUGUUUUGGUUUGUCAGCAGUUUUCUUCCUGCAAUGAUCUGUAAUAAAGGUUUACCAUUCAAA